AAAACGGAACGUCAAAGUUGUCUUCUGUCGUCAACGUGAACAAGUGCUGUAUUUCAUCAUUAUUUUAAUUAUUAGCCUCGAUUAUUUUCAAAAUAAGAUAUAAAACACAACCAAGAUGCCUCUUUCGUGUCGGUUUUAUCAAGAAAAGUAUCCUGAGGUGGAAGAUGUGGUGAUGGUGAACGUCAGGUCCAUCGCGGAGAUGGGCGCGUACGUCCACCUGCUAGAAUACAAUAAUAUUGAGGGCAUGAUCUUGCUCUCCGAGUUGUCCAGACGUCGUAUCAGAUCCAUCAACAAAUUGAUCAGAGUGGGCAAGACUGAGCCCGUGGUCGUCAUCAGAGUGGACAAAGAGAAAGGUUACAUAGACUUGUCAAAACGUCGUGUAUCAGCCGAGGACAUAGAUAAGUGUACAGAGAGGUACGCCAAGGCUAAAGCGGUGAACUCCAUCCUGCGUCACGUGGCAGAGCUUCUGCACUACGAGAGCUCGGAACAGUUGGAGGAGCUUUACAAAAGGACAGCAUGGCUCUUUGAAGAGAAAUAUAAGAAGAAGGCCUCUGCUUAUGAUUUCUUCAAACAAGCAGCUGUAGACCCAUCAGUGUUAAAUGAGUGUGGUCUUGACGAGAACACUAAAGAAGUCCUUCUAGCCAACAUCAAGAGGAAGCUGACGUCACAAGCAGUCAAGAUUAGGGCUGACAUUGAAUGUGCAUGCUACGGUUAUGAGGGCAUUGACGCCGUCCGUGCUGCAUUGAAGGCAGGGCUCGCACUCUCCACUGUGGACUUGCCUAUCAAGAUCAAUCUCAUUGCUCCACCCUUGUAUGUAAUGACGACGUCAACUCCCGAGAAGGCUGACGGUCUCAAGGCGUUGCAGGAUGCCAUAGACAAAAUCAAGGAGACCAUAGACACCGCCGGCGGUGUGUUCAACGUGCAAAUGGCGCCUAAGGUGGUGACAGCGUCUGACGAAGCUGAGCUGGCGAGACAGAUGGAGCGUGCGGAGGCCGAGAACGCGGAGGUCGCUGGAGACUCCGCCGAGGAAGACGAGGACCAAGGUAUGGGCGAUGUGCGCAUGGAUGAUGAACCACAGCAGAACGGCGCGUCAGACGAGGAAGAAGGCUAGACCCCGCAUUAUAUAUUAUUAUAUACAACCGAUUGUUGGUAACAACACCUUAAUACCUAAUAUACAGAAAUUUUAUACAUAAA